ACAAACAAAAAAAAAACCAAGGAAAGAGGAGGAAAACAAAGCCUGCUACUUAUGGAAGAUAUAAAGGGUUCUGAGGUGAAGAGAUUUUGCUCCCGAAAUAUCUUGGCCAUCCUUGGCUUCUCCUCUAUCAUAGCUGUGAUAGCUUUGCUUGCUGUGGGGCUGACUCAGAACAAACCAUUGCCAGAAAAUGCUAAGUAUGGGAUUGUGCUGGAUGCGGGCUCUUCUCACACAAGCUUAUAUAUCUAUAAGUGGCCAGCAGAAAAGGAGAAUGACACAGGGGUGGUGCAUCAGAUAGAAGAAUGCAAGGUAAAAGGUCCUGGAAUCUCAAAAUAUGUUCAGAAAAUAAAUGACAUAGGUAUUCACCUGUCUGAAUGCAUGGAAAGAGCCAGGGAAGUGAUUCCAAAGUCCCAGCACCAAGAGACACCUGUUUACCUGGGAGCCACAGCAGGCAUGCGGUUGCUCAGGAUGCAAAGUGAGCAGUUGGCGGACAGGGUCCUGGGUGUGGUGACAAAGAGCCUCAGCAGCUACCCCUUUGACUUCCAGGGCGCCAGGAUCAUCACUGGCCAAGAGGAAGGUGCCUACGGCUGGAUUACUAUCAACUAUCUACUGGGCAAGUUUACUCAGAAAUUGAGUUGGUUAGACCUAAUUUCUUAUGAAAGCAAAGAUGAGGGAACCUUUGGAGCUUUGGAUCUUGGGGGAGCCUCUACACAAAUCACUUUUGUGCCCCAAAACAAGAUUCCUGAGACCCCAGAUAACUAUCUGCAAUUUCGCCUCUAUGGCAAGGACUACAGCGUGUACACACAUAGCUUCUUGUGCUAUGGGAAGGAUCAAGCGCUCUGGCAGAAACUGGCCAAGGACAUUCAGGUUGCAAAUAAUGGAAUUCUCAAGGACCCAUGCUUUCACUCUGGAUAUGAGAAGAUAGUGAAUGUAAGUGACCUUUACAAGACCCCCUGCACCAAGAAAUUUGAGAUGACCCUUCCAUUCCAGCAGUUUGAAAUCCAGGGUACUGGAGACUAUCAACAAUGCCAGCAAAGCAUCCUAGGGCUCUUCAACACCAGUUAUUGCCCUUAUUCCCAGUGUGCUUUCAAUGGGAUUUUCUUGCCACCACUCCACGGGAAUUUUGGGGCAUUUUCAGCUUUUUACUUUGUGAUGAAUUUUUUAAACUUGACAUCAAAGGAACUCUCUCAGGAAAAUGUGAUUGAGAUGAUGGGAAAUUUCUGCUCUAGGCCUUGGGAGGAGGUAAAGGCAUCUUUUGUUGGAGUAAAGGAGAAAUACCUGAGUGAAUACUGCUUUUCUGGUACUUACAUCCUCUCCCUCCUCCUGCAAGGCUAUCAUUUCACAGCCGAUUCCUGGAAGCAUAUUCAUUUCCUUGGCAAGAUCCAGGGCAGCGACGCCGGCUGGACUUUGGGCUACAUGCUGAACCUGACCAACAUGAUCCCAGCUGAGAAGCCUAUGUCCUUACCUCUCCCCCACUCCACCUAUGUCUUCCUCAUGGUUCUCUUCUCCCUGAUCCUUGUUGCAGUGGUCAUCACAGGCUUGUUUAUCUUUCAUAAGCCUUCAUUAUUCUGGAAAGAAGCGGUAUAGCAAGAACAGCUGGAAUCUGCUGGCUGGAGUGAGAAAAAAAAACUUGCCCAGGGAGCAAUUUCCUGCAUGGUGAUGUACAAGGUCAUUCUUCCCUGCUUGCCAGGGCCAGUCUUGACCAGCAUGAAGCUUCCUUGGCUUUUGCUGAAGUCUUUCUUUGGGAGGUAUUCACCACCCUCUGCCACAAGGACUUCUGGUAGACAGUCUCUUUUGUGAGUCUUUCUUAGCUACCCCUUUCUCGUUUGUACUCUGUGCUUGUGUUGGUUGUGAAGACCUGCCACUUUUCAUGAUCUUUGCUUUAUAAAAGAACAAUAUUGACUUUGCCUAGAAAAACUGAGUGUCCUGAGUCCUGUGCUGGGAAGUUGAGCUGGUUAAAAGAAGAAUCUCAGGAACUGGUUCAAUUUUCCUCUUUAACAAUCUCUCUCUCCUGCUUCUCAUUCAUCAAUAAAGCCAUA